AUGACAUACAUGGUUCAAACAUGCUGCUCCACCAACUUGAGCAGCUUAUUGCAAAAUUACAAAGUUCAAGCAGUCAUGGGCAAACUUGUGGCCAUUUAUGAUGAUGUUUACCAUGAAGACAGGUGGACAAAGGAAGGGAAGAAGACUGUUAAAGACUCCUUCAUGACCAUCAAGCAUCUGGAGGAGUUAUCUGAUCUUAGUGCUGUCAAAGAUCCAUACUGUCACUUUUCUCUUGUGGAUGGGAAGCUCUUCUAUGAUGCAUAUUUACAGGAUAUUGAAGUCAUCAGGCCAUCUCAUAUAACUGACAUUGGAGAGAAAUGUGUGCAUAUGCUAUCAUUUGACAAGAAAAGAGUGACUGAGGCUGAUAGAGAAGUUGCCACACAUCAAAUUUGA